CGCAGCGAGGUGUAAGAGGCGGCCUCGCCGCUAUGCCCAAGUACUACGAGGAUAAGGAGGAGGACGGGCGGGCCUGUGGGGGGGUGAGGGAGGACCUGCGGCAGUGCCUGCUGGAGAGCCCCUGCGUCCUGCAGGAAAACAAAAGCCCUAAGCAAUGCUUGAAGGAAGGACACUGUAGGAGUUUGCAAAUGACAUUUUUUGCAUGCAAAAGAUCGAUGUUGGAUACCAGGGCAAGAUUCAGAGGAAGGAAGGGAUACUGAAGUCCUCAUGAAGAGACCCAGCCAUGGGAAGUCAGGGUUCAUCAGCACUUUAAGCAAAACAGAGAAUAAAGUAAGAUGCUUGUGUCUGCUGCAUCCUUUUCAUGCAGUAUUUUCGUGGAAGAUGUCUGCUCCUGAGUAUUCCGAUAGAUUGAGCUGGAUGUGCAUUUAAAUGUUAAAAAGAAGGCAAGCAUAAAACUGCAAGUUCUGGCCAAAAUGGAUACUUGUCACACACUUGAAAUAAAAGAUGUAAAAUUCAGAAAAAGCUUCCAAAGUUAUCAUUCUGUUUUGAAAUGAAGUUGUCUUUUGUGGUUUUACUGCUUCUGAUCAUGUUUUACUAUUACAAAAAGUACAAGAUAUGGAGCUGUGUUCACUCAGCUGGUAUCGCAGAGGAUACCUCAGGAUAGAGCUGUUUUCAGAGAUGACAAGUUGAUCGAGGUUGUGAAAUGUAUGUGCAAGCUGCUUCCUCCCCAAUAUGUUCAUUACUCAAUAAACCUGCACUAAUA